GACCAUACCGCUCGUCCCUCCACUUCCCUCAUUCCAUUUUCAAACUCUUCCUAAAUUCUAAGGCUACGACGGGCGGAAUCAAAGUAUCUUGCAUUAUGACGAUCUAGUCUCCCCCAUUUUCACUUCUAAGUGCGGCCACUCCAUCACUUCCCAACGAGAUCGAAUCAAUCGUUGAAAUCCCCAAUUUCGAACCCUUGUUGCUCCGAGAUUGAAUCCAAACCAAUAAUCAUUGCUACUCCGAGCUGCAGUACCAGUGAAUUGAGUUCAUAAGCGGUGAAUUGAGUUCAUGAUCUAGAUUUCGAGCAAUCUCUUGGCUUAGGUCAAACAUGAUUCGAACGGAGCAAUCAACGACGUAAUGGCUCUGAUUUGGAAGCGCGAUGCGGCGGUAAGAGCAAGAUCUGGAGGCGUAGGGACAACUUCCUCGCGAAGCCGCUCCUUCACUCCUUGCCCCGCGAGAUCGCCACUCACUCACUCAUUCGCUCGCGAGAUCACCGCCGACUCUUUCGAGUGCGGCAGGAAAAGAGUCCAGUGAAGCAGAAUAAAGGACUUGAGAAAGGACGCGAUGUCGAUCAAUCUACCGCCCAACACUACAACGGCGACGAUUUGAACUUGAAGCUGUUGGUUUAGGUUCUGGAUACAAUGGCACGGCCUUCGCUCAAUUUCUUCGUUCCUCGAGAGCUUGACCCCGGAUAUCUCCCGCCAGAGUGAAGUGAAGGACUCGGUUGUUGAUAUAUUGUUGGAGCGUUGGUGUGGAUUCUUCAGUAUAAAAGUCAAGCUGUUGUUAAGGUAGAAGGUGGUAUUUGAUGGAACGGUUGAGAACGUGAAUCUGACUGGAAAUAUAGAGAACUUGUGAAGCUAAUAUGCAAGGAGAGGGACUUUGAGACCGCUCAACAAGUAGCAAAGACUGGAAGCUAAGAGUGUGGAAUACUACUGACAUUGGAAAGAGUCAUUAAGGGUUAUUGCUAUCAUUGUAUAUAUUAGCCACAGGCUCCUCUUGAGUAAUGGAAUGUUUUUCUUAGCCAUGAAGAAUGACAGAGUCUGGAUACACCUUAACAAUGGACAUGGAGUCUGCUUUCACUGAUCAACAGUCUGAACUAGUUGUCCGGGAACAUCCAGAUAAGAACAAUGAGAUGAUGGAGAAGAGUGGAAGUUAUUCAAAAUUCUUGAGCUUAAUGGAUGGUCUGGAUGUGCCAUCUAGUGGUAUUUCAACUCAACAGGCUAUUCAGAAUGAAGUAUAGGUUCAACAGUUAGUGAAGUUUGGAGAUUUUCCCUAAUUGUUGCUUUGUUCUUAAGGUCCCAUCAGUUGAGCAUAAUGGCAAAAUCAUGGGGGAGAUUCUUGAUUUGAUCAAGUACUUAUAUAGCAACUUUGAAGGGCCUUCUCUUAUUCCUAAUGAAUCAUUUCCUGGGUUCGAGCCGGGAGAUAGCCUCUAACUUUGGUAAGGUAGCUUCAAUACUUUAGGUAUUAUCAUAAUGGCUCAGAAGGACAAGGAUGAUAAAGCUGAACGAUGGGAGUCUGCUGACCUCCUAGAGAAGAAAAAGACUAGGCCAGUGUGCAAAGCUGAAACAUUGCAAAAUUCAACAGUUGCUCCUCCACCUAAUUAUUCUCUUCCACUAUCACAAUCAAACUUGUGUUUACUAAUAUCUGCAAUCGUUGUGGUGGCAUGCAUAUGUACGAUGGAGUUGGAAACACUGAAGGAUCGAUUUGAAGCAUUAAAGCAAUGGCCUAACAUUCCAUCUGUGGUACCAACAAGUAAGUCCAUUCUUGGUCUCGUGCAAUGGCGGGUUGAACCUAAUGAGAACCGGUGUAAGCCUGUCUUGCUAAGUUCCCUUAAUCAUCUCUAGAUUAGCUGAUCUAGCCUGCUGCCCUUUUCUAACAAAAAUAAGAUCUGUGACAUGGUUGCCAUUGCUAGAUUCUUGAAAGUCAUGCUUACAGUUCCUGUGCUAGAUAACACAUCCUAUUGGCAUGAUCAGAGUUCAUUCGAGGAUAUCUUUGAUACAGAUUACUUCAUCAGGUCAUUACCAGAUGAUGUUAGGUUACUGAAAGAGCCGCCUUCAGAGGAAAAGAGGAGACCGGAAUCACACUUCUAUAGAACCCAUCUCGUUUCCCAACAUGUCAUAUUUAGUUAACAUCAACCUUUUGUGUUUUAGCUUAUUUAUCAACCAAACUUCUACCCAACUGGGUUAGACUCCAUAAACCGGUUAACCUUCCACCCAAUCAUCUGCUCAACUUGGUCAUCUCAAAGUUCCUCAAGGAUGAUUUGGAGGCCAUGCUUGGGACAGAUGGUCAAAACAUGAGCUGGUGAGUGUACAUACUUGUCUGAGAGCCUAAACCUGUGACGCUGCAGAAUCAUGGAGAGUGCAAUCUUUUCCUCGGUGAUGCCAAAGUUGAUCCCAACACAAGUUCGAGGCCCCAACCCAAAUGGAAGAAAUGCUGCAGAUGAGUUGCUGUUGUCUGCAGUACUGGCCUUUGCUAUGCCAUCAGCAAAUCUCUCUGGUUUAAACAGGUGAGCAUCUUCACCCCAUGUUUCUGGAUCAUGAUGAACUGCCAGAUUUGGGAUGUAGACUUCAGUCCCUUUGGAAGUAUUAGUUUCCCCAAUUUCACUUCCCUCUGGACCUCCCUCGUUAUGUGGAAAACUGGAGGGUAUAGCCUCAGGGACUCAUUGAUCACCAUACUCAGCUAUGCAAAAAAAGAAGC